CACAGUAUAGGCUAUACCUACUUUCGUAGACAGGGUGGUAGAAGUAGUUUAUGUUUGGAGUAAAUAACAUACCGACAUAUCAUUUAACGUUUAAAUUUGAACUUUUUGUUUACAUCCCUACACUUGAAAUACAGCAGGAUGUCAUCAAAUAUUUUAUCGCUAAGCAUUUUCUUUUUACUGUGUGUCCUCAUAAAAGGGAUUCCGAGUAGUGUCUUGUCGUCUAGUUGUCCAAUUGGAUUCUCUUUGCAUGGCGACUUCUGUUACAAGGUGUUUUCCCUAAGAAAACUGGACCACCGAAACGCUUACGAAGCUUGCGAGUCAACAGGUUCUAUCCUUAUCGAGCCGACGAGUGCAGAGCAACAACAACACAUUCAGAAUUUGUUUCGAACAGCUCACAGUUUCUGGAUCGGUCUCUCGAGUGAAGACGGUACGUUUGAAUGGCCUGAUGGUGCCGAAGUAAGAUAUGCGAACUGGGCCAUGGGUUUUCCAAGACCAAAUCAUGAUUGUGUUAUAGCGUCCCACAGGCACCGUUACCAAUGGAUAAAUGUAGAUUGUGGCUCGCGUCAUUUGUUUGCUUGUCAACAUAACUCGUCGGCUGAACCUGAAUCAGGUUUGCAGUUUAGAAAUCGUAACGACCAACCUUUUUCGUGCCGUAACAAGUUUGGUUACUUCGCGAACCCAAAUGAUUGCACUUCGUAUAUACUUUGUGUGAGCAACGAAAAUUUCCAGUACAGCUGCGCGGAAGGUUCUGUGUUCGUAGCCAGUCGUUCAAGAUGCGAAGUCGGUGCGACUUGUGAAACUAGGCCAACACAGCCACUGACUACUGUGGCACCUGCAAGCGAAAGCACACCGGAAGAAGAAGAAAAUCAACCUGAUUCUGUCGCAGUAACUUGCCCCGAAGGUUACAUACGGCACCGUAGAAAAUGCUAUAAGACUUUUAAAUCUUAUCUUACAUGGAAAGCGGCAAACGAAAGCUGUGCAGGCACUGAAGGUGGACGAAUGGUUGUUAUAACUGAUCGGGGAGUGGCAGAUUUUGUCCAUAGCCUAGUUAACAGCGACUCGUGCCAAGGUGCGUGCAGAAGUAGCCAUUUCUCGGAUUACUGGAUUGGCCUAAACGACUUUGAAGAACCGGAGCAAUUUGUUUGGAGUGACGGGACGGCGCUUGUGAAUGUAAACUAUGAGAACUGGUCAAAACGGGCCAGAAAACGAUAUAAAGACUUGAAACAAUGCGUGAAAAUGUCAAGAUUCUAUGAUUUCCAAUGGAUUGAUUCAAUGUGCAACAACGCGAACGCAUAUAUAUGCGAAAAGGAAGGAACUGUUCAGAACGAAAUGUUAUUGAGCACGUUGUCCGACCAGGAGUCGCUCGCUCAAAGUAGAAACGGGCCUACGUGCGGUUUGCAUCGCUUGGUUGGCCAGCCGCUUCUAGAGGGAGUAGUCGGGGGCACCAGAGCCCAACCUUCUUUACACCCUUGGCAAGUUUCUCUCCGAACGCGGGGCGUACACAAGUGCGGGGCUUCUCUCAUAAAUCGUUGCUGGGCAAUGACAGCAGCUCACUGCGUUGCUUUGCCCAAUGUACUACCUCGUGAUGUUCCUACUGUGGCGGUACUUGGAGAUUACGAGAUGAACGUUGUGGAGGAUACCGAAGAGCGCUUAAACAUUCUUGACAUUCAUACUCACCCGGACUGGUCUGCAUUUCCAGUACCAACCAAUGACAUUUCUCUUAUACGCUUGCGUAAUUGCUCAGUGCAGGGCAUUCCUGUGUGUUUGCCGACACAAAACAUCAGUGAUGCCUUUCCUCCUGGCACGCGCUGUAUCGUCUCAGGGUAUGGCACUACAAAACCAAACCGAGAGGUUUACCCGGACACACUGCAACAAGCAACGGUUCCUUUGAUUUCGCAGGCACAGUGCACUCGCAUGUAUCGACAGAGCGUCCAGGAGCGCCACAUGCGAAGCUCUAUGCUCUGUGCCGGCUACAAAGAGGGCGGAAUAGAUUCUUGUCAAGGAGACAGCGGGGGGCCCUUGGUGUGUACUGACCCCACAACAGACUCUCGGAUACAGGUUGGGAUCGUAUCAUGGGGAAAUGGUUGCGCCAGGCGAAAUAGACCGGGUGUAUACACCAGCACAUAUCAUUACACCGAUUGGAUAGAAUCAGUAAUUAGCACCGUUGUGAACUAAACGAUAUGUUGUAUAUUUUAAAAGCGUAAUAAAUAGAAAUAAACGCCAACCUGUAAUG